GGUAGAGUUGUACUGUAUUCGGUGCACAGCCGCCUAUGGCGAUGUGAAUCACACUCUCGCGAUUCUCGAUUGUUUGUGUAAUAAGUAACAACAAACAAAAGUGACAGUACUCAACACGGACGACUGCUCUUUUAGAGAAAGGAUUUUCGAAAUUCGUCUAAAGAAUCGAUUUAUUAUGACGACAAGCCUUGGAAAACGUUCUUUCAAAGAGUCGCAGUCAGGGUACGUUCAGUGAUGACUUUUCACUGCUGCCACCCAAGAAGACGGUUACCGUUCGACGAUCUCAUACUCAGAACGAGAUGCCGCAAGCCAUCGCCGAUCUUAGGGCGAAGUUGCAGGAAAGGGGGGAAUCGGACUGGAGGAAAAGGGUUCCUUUCAACAACAAUGCUACUGACGAAUUGAAAUUACUGAAAGAAAAAAACAGAUAUAAUGACGAACUAUCGGAAAAAUCCCUUCUUGCCGCUAAGAAGGAUGAGUUGGACGCUUCUGCCAGACAAUGGAAAACCCGGGUGGAGAAAUCGGACGCGGAAAAGUUUUCCGUUGCUGGAAAAAUGGGCGAGAAAUUCAGAGACGCCGUUCCGACCAUAAAUAUUCCGAUGGCUGAUGAGAAUAAGAAGAGGACACCACAGCCAAAAAGGUUCAAGUUGAAAGAUGGUCCAGAUUCGACACCAACUUCUCCAGAAAAAAAUAGCUAUUUUGAUCUCACAAGAAGCAAAUCCGUACCUUUCCCGCCUAUUGCAAAUAGUGACUUAUCAGGUUCACCAUCACCAACAAAGUUGUCUGGUAGAAAAGUCUCCGUACACAAUCCAGAUGAUGUCACCUUCCAAUCGUUCUUCAAAAGUGUGGAGAAGUCUAGUAACAUGGAGCACAUUGUUUUGUCCUCCGAAGAUCUGGACGCCGUUCAAAGACAUUCUCUAUUGGUAACUAAAAAGAACAUACAAGUACAAAGAAGAAGAGGUGCUACCAAGAACCCGAUCAAGGCCCUUGCAACCAGGAGUGAUAUCAGUAAUGAGUAUACGGAAGUGAUAACGGGCGUUGCGGAGAGAGAAAAGAAAAGACUGAAUAUUGAAAAAUUGGCAAAAAACUCAAACAAGGCUCUCGAAGUUCUAGCUGGUUUAGCAAGUAACGAAGAUUUCAAAUCAGUUGCAUUGAAAAAGGCCUCUGGACCCACAGGGUACCUUCCCUGGAAAGAUCUCAUGCUCUUACAAAUUAAAGGUCGUAGACAUGUACAGACAAGGCUGGUUGAACCAGUUGCAAGCAGUAUUAAUGAAGGUGAUAACUACAUCUUAAUCACGCCACAAGCUCUUUACACCUAUACAGGAACUUACUCGAAUGUUAUUGAACAGUCCAGAUUAGUUGAUGUUGCCAACCACAUUAGAAAAACGGGCGAUAUGAAUUGUAAAGUUGAAAAAAUUUACUCCAUCACUGCUAAUAAUGCUAGUCAAAAGAAUGCCAUAAACUUUUGGAGGCUUCUGGGUGCAGAUGAAGCUCCAGUCACUAUUCCACCUGGACAUUAUGAUGAAGAUGAAACAUACGAGUCAAAUAUACUACAUACGAAUAUGAUAUAUACUUUGGAAGACGAUGAAUUGGUGCCUUACGAGAAAUUUUGGGGAACAAUCCCAAAAAUCGAGAUGUUGAAAGAUACCAGUAUAAUAGUGUUCGACUUUGGGUCUGAAAUGUACGUGUGGAGUGGUAAAAAUGCUCCCCUCGACAAGAAAAGGCUUUCUUUGAAAUUAGCAAAAGAUUUGUGGGAAGAAGGGUAUAACUAUUCUGAAUGUAAUAUAUGUCCCUUGAAUAUAGCUUCCAUCUUAGGUGAAAGGAAAAGUAAUGACUUACAAUUGAAAGCUCCGAAAAGACCGGAAUGGGCUCUUUUUGCCAAAGUCACUCAACAUCGGGAAACUGUACUUUUCAGAGAAAAGUUUCUUGAUUGGCCGGAUUUCUCAAGGGUUAUUCAAGUGAAGAAUGAUGAGAUUAAAGAAGUCAAUGCCACCAUUGACCUAAGGCCAUGUGAUAUCAAUGAAAUGCUCAAAGAAAAAGACCCCAACCCCGAUUUGGUCGUAGAAAAUAUUCAUUUAGGUAGAGGCGACCAAUAUUUUGAUGAAGAAACGCGGCGUUUAUUUGAUUAUGAGACAUUAACGAUCCAAGGAUGGCGUAUUCUAGAAAACACCUAUGAAGAACUGAAAGAAAAAUCUAUCGGUCAAUUCUUUGAAGGUGAUAGUUACAUAUACAGUUGGAACUACAGACAAACUACCAGGGGAAGAGAAUUAAAUGGAAAACCUUCCAAACACGCAGCUGUAGGGAGAGACCGAUGCGUUUUCUUUUGCUGGCAAGGAAGCGAAUCUUCCAUUAAUGAGAAAGGUAUGGCUGCACUACUAACAGUGGAACUUGAUAAACAAAAUGCCCCCCAAGUGAGAGUAGUCCAGGGUUCUGAACCUGCGGCAUUCCUACGUCUCUUUGAUGGCAACAUGAUUAUACAUAGAGGUAAACGUGAUGAAGCUGAUGAUACCGAAAGGCCUCGGCUUUUUAUGGUCAGGGGAGAAAAGGAAAAUGAGAUCUAUCUGAUGGAAGUACCUCUGAGCAUGAGUUCGUUGAGAAGCAGGUCUUCUUUUGUCAUUGUUGACACUAAUAAUGAACAGGUUACGAUUUGGCAUGGAGCAAAAUCUAGCAAACAAAAGAAGAAAGUUAUUGAGGAGACCGUAAAGAAAUUGAUGGUUAAGAAACCUGUUGAAAUGCAGCUGGAUGUAUUCGAAGAGGAUUUAGAUAUUGUUAAUAUGGAAGAGGGGAGUGAAAGUGAAGAUUUCUUUGAUGUAUUGGGCAAUAACAGAGAAAGCUACCUGUCGUUGUUGAAUUCAACAGAAAAAUAUGAUCAUACAAUCAGGUUGUUCAGAAUGAGUAGUGUCACUGGUCACUUUGAUGCUACCGAGCUUCUAUGUCCACAUAGAAGUGAACAUUCUAGUCCAUACCCAUUUGUACAAUCCGAAUUAUACUCUGCUAGUCAGCCAGCUUUGUUCCUAAUUGACAAUCAUCAUGAACUGUGGCUGUGGCAAGGUUAUUGGCCAGAAAAAGAAGAUGACGUUGAUCUGAGCGACCAGACAGGUUCGGGAGCUGUUCGUUGGCAAGCUGAACGCAGAGCCGCUAUGCAGACAGCAAAAGAUUACUGGAAAAAAUCGAAAGGCGAUGAUAUUCCAUUAGUGGCUUACUUAGUUUGGGCUGGACUGGAACCGCUGAGGUUCAAAAACUUGUUUCCUACAUGGAAGGAUCAGGAAGAUAUUGCAGAACUAAAUAUUAAGGAAGGAAAAAAAUCAGGAGACAUGUUACCGCUUGAGAAAGAGCUGGCCCUUCUCUCAAGGACUACUUACCCUCUCUCCGAUCUCGUCCAGAGGCCCCUACCAGAAGGCGUAGAUCCCACCAACAUUGAAAAGUACCUCUCUAAAGAAGAUUUCCAAGAACUAUUGUCCAUGUCUAAAGAUGAGUUCGAAAAACUCCCUUCUUGGAAGAAAACAGCCCUCAAGAAAGAAAAAGGUCUUUUUUGACCGCUGUUUGGGCUUUUCAUAGAGAAAUUAGACUACCUUUUUGGUGGAUGUUUCGACUUGUCAAAGUCUAUCGAUUUUAUUUGAACUUUGUGAUUGUAACAAAAGUUUCCAUAUAUUUUAUCAGUAUGGACUUUAAUAUUUUUAGUGAGGAAAUAUAGUGUGGUUCACAACUCUCUUGAAUUCUAAAAUAACUAGAUAUUCAUUCAAUAGUUUCUAGUGUCUCAAGUGAACCUGUUUUUUUAUUUAAAAAUUUGUCAUUAGUGAUGAGGUUUGAUUUUGGACAUAUCAUAUUUCCUUGGCUUUUAAUUGUGUACUGUAAUCCUUAUAUAUUCCAUUUCAAAAUUUUUGUAAUCAGUAUUUUAAAAUCAAAACUUGGAAUAUAGACCUCUUAAUGAAAAAUAGUUGUUUGUACGGUUUUGAAUUUUUUUAAUAUUUGUCUUAUCGGAAUUUUUGUUGUUUGUUCAUAACAUCUCGCAUAUACUGCCAUUUUGAAUAGCCUUCAAUAUGUACUUAAGAUUCUACUAUCAAUUGAAUUUUUUUUUAUAUAAAAAUUGAAAUUGCCAUCUUGAAUAUUCAUUUUGUGUUGAUAAAUUCUGGAUUAUUGAUAGUCUAUUGUCCUUUCCAGAAAAGUUGAUUCAUAUUGGGUCUAUAUUUGAUAAAGUAUUUUCCUGGGAAAUACAAUUUAUAAAACUAAUAAAUAAGGGACCUUUCAUUUGAAAAGAUUGAAAAUAAAUACUAAAUGAAUGAAUAAGACAUUCAAUAGACUUUCUAAUAUGAACAUUUUCAUUUAUGUGAUUAUAUACUUUUAAUUCAGUUUUAUAUAUUGUAUUCAAGAAAAACAUACUUUACAAAACUACAAUAUUCUUCAAUUAUUACUUGAAAAGGACUGAGGACAAUGAGAAUCUAUUAUAUUACUAGACCUGGAACCUAUUAGUGCACAAAACAAUAUUUCUCAAGAAAUAAAGGCAUAAUGAAGAUGAUGAAUGAAUAUUUUAAUUUAAUUCAAUGAAUUUGAUUAUUUCAGAAGUAAUUUUAAUGAUGUAUCUGUGAUUAGGCUAUGUAUUUAUGUUGAUAAAUUGUAAAUGCCCAAAAGUGUAUAUAAAAAAGGUGCCUUGUAAUUUUCGGAAUUGAGAGCUCUCAUUUGUCGAGUUGCUGAAUAUUUCUAGUCCUUGUGAUUAAUCACGGCACUGAUUUUUUUAGUUUUUCCUACAAGAUUUUUUGACUUUGUAUUUUUUCGAUUGAGCGCCUUACAUUAACGAUUUUGAUUAAAUAUAGGUGAUGUUGAUGUAAACUGUUCUAUGAAAUUUCUUAUUAAGGCUUUUUCUAUCUAUUGAAAGUAAGAUCAUCAUAUGUUUGUAAUUAUAUUGUUGUGUAUUAUCAGUGUUUUGUAUAUAACUUGAUUAAUAAAUAUUUUCACAAACUAUC